CUACACCGCUAUUUCAAUACGACGCUACGAGUCUUUCCAGUUGCGUACGGCGUAAUGAAACAUCCUCUCUUGUGGCAUUAAAACGGUUUUCAUAAUACAAAGAACUAACAAUGUCGGGAGGAAUCGAUGUACUUGCUUUGAAGGAGGAGGAUAUGAUGAAAAUCCUCUCCGCGAACGCUCAUCUAGGUUCUGAAAACAUGAACUACCAGAUGAGGCCAUAUGUUUAUCGACGUCGUGACGACGGCAUAAAUAUAAUUAACUCGCGCUGCACCUGGGAGAAACUUCUCCUGGCUGCCCGCGCCAUCGCCGCUAUUGAACACCCAUCGGAGGUGUAUGUCAUCAGCGGUCGCCCAUACGGUCAGCGCGCCGUAUUGAAAUUCGCUGCCCACACCGGUGCUACCGCAAUUGCCGGACGCUUCACCCCCGGUGCGUUCACCAAUCAGGCCCAGACUGCCAAUUUCCGUGAGCCACGGCUUCUGAUUGUCACCGACCCAGCUGUAGAUCACCAGGCCAUUGCUGAGUCUUCUUAUGUCAACAUCCCAGUCAUUGCUUUCUGCAACACUGACUCACCCCUCCGUUUCGUUGACAUUGCCAUACCAUGCAACAACAAGGGUAAACUCAGUAUUGGUCUGAUGUGGUGGUUCCUGACCAGAGAAGUCCUCAGAAUGAAGGGAACUAUCCCACGCGAGGGCAAAUGGGACGUCGUCGUAGAUCUCUACUUCUACAGAGACCCAGAAGAGGUUGAGAAGGAGGAACAAGAUGCCUUGGCCGCUGCACCAGUCAAAGAGUUGACCGCUCCACCGAUGAUGGACACCGCUGUCGCUGAGAACUGGGGUGCUGACGAUGUUGCUGUUGUUGCACCAGUUGCUGUACCAGCAAUUGACGAAUCCGUCGCUGCACCAGCUGUCGAGAGCUGGGCUGAUGAUAUCCCGCAAGCUAUCAACUGGGGUGCCAGCGCAACUAUGGACCCCAACGCACCUUCCUGGGGAGGAAGCAACCAACCCAACUGGGGUUAAAUCAUGAUUACAGACGUUGUAAUAUAACAAUUUUAUGAUAUAAAAUUCACAAUUGAAAAAACA